GUCCUGGGGGCUGGUGCCGGUGCCGACAUUACCACAAGCGGCAACGGUGGCAACCACAUGGUCUACGGUCUGGUUGGUGGCAUUGCCGGAGCCAUGGCUGUUGCUGGCGGUGCAUACUACUUCAUGUCCGGAGGAAAGAAGAAGUCGAAGAAGUCGAAGCGUGGCGUCGGCGUGGACAAGGCAAAGAGCGAGACCUUGCAGGAGGCCCCUGCGCAACCGGCUCCAUCUUCAAGUGUGGCCGUCACACCGGGCUUUGAGCAGUACCAGGGCGUGAGCAUGUAUCCUAUGAUGGGUCAGCAGGCCCACAUGACCCCCGUGCCACAGCUGCUCGUCCUGACAUCUUCGGGGCUUCUUGAGAAGUACUCGUUGGGUUUGGUCGGGUCACGGUAUAGUUUGCCGAGCUCAUCAGGGUCGCAAAGCCAACGGAGCCACGAAUUGACGGCCGCAAGUGGCCCGAGGAGUACACACUGGUUUGCAUAA